AAUGAACACAAACUUGGCGGAGUUACCUGUACGAAUAUUUAAAAUUUUAUCAGAAGAACUUCAAAAAGAUAACAUUUGGAUUAAAAUUGUGGAAUUCGAUGAGGACCCGAUUUAUUAUAUGAAAUCCACAGAAAUUGAGAGUUUUUUGAAGAGAGAAAAAUGCUGUGAACAAGUGCUCAGAAAAUGGGGGAAUCGCGGACAAACGGUUGGAAGCUUACUAGCGAGAUUGCAGUUUCUUUCAAGAACAUAUGAAGAUGAAUUCGAUUCAAUUCAAUUUCAUUUGCGACGAAAAUUCAAGCCUCUACGGUGGAUACCUGAUCCGGAACAACAAGUUACAAAAGAAAUUGACGAAGGAAAUAUUAAAUUGGAAUGCAAAGCUCAAGGAUUUCCAUGUCCCGAGAUAAAAUGGUUUACAAAAGGCUCAAAAGAGCCGGUGCAUAUUGGAAGAGUUUACACAAUUUUAAGAUGUAAAUGCUCGAAUGAACAUCAAUAUAAAUGUGUAGCGAAGAAUGAGAUUCGGGAAGGCUCACCAUAUUCGGAAAUUUAUCGAAAAGCUGGAAAACAAUUUAGCUCAGUUAUCGAAUCAGAAUAUGUUGAUGUAACAUCUUGUAUAAGAGACGACGAAUUAUGUGAAUCGUGUAAGAAAUAUGAAAUGGGACGGUUGUCUCAAAUUUUGGCAGAAGAUCAAGAAAAGCCAGAGAACAAAGUUUCACCAGUUCGUCCAAAUUUGGAUAUAACUCUUCGAGCAGCAGAUAAAGUUGCACUUAUUAUGAGUAAUUGUUCAUAUGUACAUUUACCUGAAUUGAGAACACCUCAUUGUGAUGCACAAACUUUGGCCGAUGCACUACAGAAAAUGAACUACAAAACAGUAACUCUCGCUGAUCUGACACUUGAUGAAAUGAGAUAUUUUAUUAGAGUUUAUCAGAAAUUGAUUGGAAAUGGAGUAUACGCUGUAUUCUAUUUUGUUGGUCAUGGAUUUGAAGUGAAUGGUCAAUGUUAUUUACUUGGUGUUGAUGCUCCAGCAGAUGCUCAUCAACCACAACAUUCAAUGAGUAUGGAUUGGCUUUUGUCAAUUUUCCGUCAUAAAACUCCUGAUCUGAACUUGCUUCUUCUUGAUGUCUGCAGAAAAUUUGUUCCAUAUGAUGCGAUCAGUGCAUUUGUGGAAUAUUCAGAACAAUUCAAAAAAUUCCAUCGAGCCCAUAGAAAUAUGGUUUAUGGAUACUCUACAAGCGGUGGAGUCGGAGCAUAUGAGGUUAAAGGAGAAGUGAAUGGUGUCUUUAUGAAAUAUUUGAAGAAUCAUGUUCAAUUGGAAAUAUCUGUUAUUGAUAUGUUGAAUAAAGUACUAUUAGAUAUUGGGGAUGAUCAAAAAGUUUGUGAUCUUCAAGUUCCCGAGAUUCGAAGUACAUUAACACAUCCCAGAAGUCUGGCAGAUCCAUUAAUAUUCGAUGGACAUACUGCUUCAUUUGAUAAUCAUACUAUACAUUGGAGACUUAUGCAUGAACUCCCAACGCCUGCAACAAUUCGUUUUGAAACUCAACAAUUAGUCGCUACGAUUUGGUUUCAAUUUUGUGGAAAUUUCACAAACAAGGUUUACGUAUUCGCAUCAAUAUCAGACUUCCGUCCUUGCCAGGAAGACACCGAUAUGGGAGAAAAUGAAGAAUUAAGUGAAAAUGCAUUGAAUCAUCGAGCAUUUGUUGAAUUUCCUGAAGAGCUUCAUUGUUCUGAUGUUCGAGAAUAUAAUGAUGAUGAAGAAGGUGUCUCAAUGUUAUGGAUUCUAUCAGGAUUACAAAAAAUCAAGAAAGAAGCCGGAUUGACAUGUGAAGUUCAUUUAAGACACGUUGAUGAUCCAGAGAAGACGAUUGAGAUGAAGAAUGUUGAUAUUGGUCAUAUUUUGAUUACAAGAAUCAAAUGUCUACAGUAAUGCAUUGCCAUGUGAACACCUACGGGUCCGAAAAUCCAUUAUUAAUUAUUUUUGCCAAUUGAAAUGUAGUACUAAUGAAACGAAAUCUCAUUUAUUUUACAAUGAAUAAAAUGCGUAAAGU